AUGGCGAGCAGGUACGGGGACGAGUUUCGUGGACGCGGCCGAGAUCGCAGCAGAGACCGCGGGUAUGGAGGAGGGGGAGGUAUUGGAGGAGUCGAUAGAGGGUACGGCGGUCGAUCGAGCGGCGGGGGCUACGGCCGAGAACGCAUGGGCGGGCGUCGCAGCGAGCAGAGUGGCGGUGGCGCUGAGCAUUUGGCGCGUAUCCACGGUACGGAGGAGGACCGCGUGAACUGCCCCUUUUACUUCAAAAUUGGUGCCUGCCGUCAUGGUGACCGUUGCUCUCGGCUGCACAACAAGCCCGUGUUCAGCCAGACUAUCCUAGUUAGCCACAUGUACCAAAACCCGAUCGCACAGGUCAUCGCACAGAACGGAGAUCUAGCGUCACUGGACCAGCGCCAGGUGGAUGAGGAAUUUGAAGACUUUUACGAGGAAAUAUUUGAAGAGUUGUGCAAGUUUGGCAAGCUGGAGGAGCUUAACAUCUGCGAUAAUCUAGGAGAUCACCUGGUAGGCAACGUGUAUGCCAAGUAUGACGACGAAGAGCAUGCGGCAGCGGCGCAAAAGUCUCUUUACGGUCGUUUCUAUGCUGGACGACCGCUUGUGUGCGAAUUCUCGCCUGUGACGGAUUUCAGAGAAGCGCGUUGCCGACAGUUUGAUGAGGGUACGUGCAAUCGUGGCGGCUAUUGCAAUUUUAUGCACAUCAAGACGGUGCCGCGGUCCAUGCAGCGUGAGCUAGAAAGGACGUUCAAUCGCGAUCAUCGUGUCAAAAAUCGCAGCAGGAGCAGAAGCAAGAGUAGAAGUCGCAGUGGCAGUCGUGGGCGAGGAUACGUUGCGCGAGGACGCUCGCACAGUGGGUCGCAUGAUGCUCAGAAGGGCGAAUUUUCUCGUCGCAAAGGCAGCCGUAGCCGGUCCCCGUCGCCUGCCAAGAAAGACCGCCGUAGUCGAUCCCGCAGUAUCCCCCACUCGUGA